AUGAACAUUUUGAAUAACGGACGAUUUGGAAUACCUGCUGCCUGCACCGGUUCUAUGGUUUACUGUAUUCACAAAACCAUUGCACAUGUAUCCGAACGGGCCCAGUUUGGAAGGAAAUUAAAAGAAUUCGGAAAUGUCCAGGAGCAGUUGAUCGAUAUGGUUCUACGCCACUACGCUACUGAAAGUCUCGUCUACAUGUUGUCGGGUACAAUGGAUCGAGGCGUUCAGGACUAUCAGCUUGAAGCUGCCGUCGGCAAAAUCAUGGCUUCUGAGAAUGCAUGGAACGUCUGUGAUCGGGCAAUACAGCUGCACGGUGGUAUGGGCUACAUGAGGGAAUGCGAAAGGCAGUGGGAAUUGGUACGGCUAGCCGAUGCAGCCAUUGAUAUAUACAGUACGGCGGCGGUUCUGUCGCGAUGUAGUCGUGCUGCGGCUCUGCAACAGUCUGCUUUCGACUGCGAACGAAAAUUGGCUGAAUUGUAUACCAAACAGGCUUGUGCGCGUGUUAACUUGCUGAUGACCGACAUACUGACACGAACUGGCGAAGUGGAUCAGAUCAAGACUAUUUCGGAUGAGAUCUUCAAAGCUGGUGCCUUGACUUCGCUCCAUCCUCUCGAUUACUAA